UGUCCCUCGGACACAGCGGAUCACGGAUCACGGAAAGAGCCGAAGAUGUCGGCUCGGUCAUGUGAUCAGCUUGGUCCAAUCACAGCUGAUCACACUGAUCAUCAGGGCACUGAUGAUCAGUGUGCCCUGAUGAUCAAUGUGGCCCCAGAAGUGCCAUCUGUCAGUGUCCAUCAGUGCCAGCAAUCAGUGCUCAUCAGUGCCACGUGCCAGUGCCCAUCAGUGCAACAUCAAUGCCACAUAUCAGUGCCUACCAGUGCACAUCAAUGCCACAUAUCAGUGCCCAUCUGAGCUGCCUUUCAAUGUCACCCAUCAGUGCCACCUAUCAAUGCCAAUCAGU